AUGUAUGUUGAACAACAACAAGAUAUUUUACAAGUAUAUGAACAAAAUCAGUUUCGAUGUCAGAAUAUGUUUAAACCAUCGAGCGUUAAAGUAUAUAUCACUGUUAUGAUGCUAAUUCUUGUAAUUAGCACAAACUCAUACAAAAUCAAUGAGUACACAAAUGAAACAAACGAGGUUGAUGCAAUCAAUACAUCGUUUUAUAAUGGCUCUAUGGUUGCUCAACAUCAUAAAAAGCGAAUACUACGUGCAUUAUCAAAUAUAGAUUUACCGAAUGAUCGAGGUUAUUUUGAUGUUUAUAUUCGUCGAUCAUGUCAUGAUGAACGUCAAAAUUCAUUUGAACAAGUCCGUUUUCCAUAUGCUCGAUAUAAUCGCCGUCAAUAUAGAUUUUCGAGAUCAUGGAUAAGAUUUUCUCGAUGGAUGCCAAUUUAUACCAAUAUAUUCAAUCGUCAUACUAUGAUUUAUUCAUCAAAUGGAGUUUAUAUUUUACCUCCAUUGGUUACUGCUUAUGGAAGAUUAAUUUCAUUAGCUGAAUUAAUGGCAUAUGGAUAUGCUACUAUGCUUAAGACUCAUGUUCUCAUGCCAUCAUAUUUUGAUGCUGCGUAUUAUGCUCAUUCUGGUGGAUAUUUAAUGCGAGGUAUGCCACGAUUUAAUCCAGAAAUAGGUGUUUUUAUGGGUGGUGUGCAAAGUCAGUAUCAAUCAUUAUUCAAACCAGAAUGCGAUUAUGAAUAUGAAGAACAUACUGAUGACGAAGAGCCGAUAUCAUAUGAAAAAGAAGAUAAUGAUGAAUAUAAAAAGCCAGAAAGAAAAAACAAUUAUUAUUAUAGACGAAGACAUCGACCACGACCAUAUGAUACAACUACAACAAAGGAACAAGAAGACCAAUCGUCCGAAGAAACAACAACAGAAGAAUACUACUCAUCUGAAGAGACAACAACAGAAGAAUACUACUCAUCUGAAGAGACAACAACACCAGAAUACUAUUCAUCUGAAGAGACAACAACGGAAGAAUACUACUCAUCCGAAGAGACAACAACACCAGAAUACUAUUCAUCUGAAGAGACAACAACAGAAGAAUACUACUCAUCUGAAGAGGCAACAACAGAAGAAUAUUACUCAUCUGAAGAGACAACUACUAGCACCACCACUAAACGCCAUUUCACAACACAUAGUACAACACACAGUAGUACACGCACAACAACGGAAGGUGGGAAAACUAGUAAUACAGUAGUAAGAACAGAGUCGUCAUCUGAAGAAACUAUGUCUCCAACGCAUUCAUCUUCUGAAAUAAUGCGAUCUACUACACAGUCGACAAGCGAAACGACACCAGCAGCAGUUACAACAACAAGCCAGACAACACCGACAUCAGUUACAGCAACAGGCGAAACAACACCAGAUUCAGUUAAAACAUCAGGCGAAACAGCAUCAGCUUCAGUUACAACAACAGGCGAAACAAUAUCAGCAUUGGUUAAAAAAACAACAGGAACUGGUAAAACAACACCAGAAUCAGUUAAAACAACAGGCGAAACAACAUCAAAAUCAGUUGCAACAACAAGCGAAACAACACCAACAUCAACUACAGCAACAGGCGAAACAAUACCAGCAUCAGUUAAAACAACAGCCGCAACAGCUCAAUCGAGUGAAUCAUCUGUGACGUAA